UAGUUAAAUUGACUUUUGUUGUUGCAAGACAAAUAUACAACAAAUAUUUGCAAAAAAAAAAAAAUUGAAAAAUCCGCCCACGCACCUUCGCCGCCGCAAACUCGCCGCCCAAGCACCGUACAACUACGAGCGACCCAAAUCCGCCCAACCUUGACGUCGAAAUAGCAGGUAUCUGUCUUUUAAAAUUUAACGAAAAUGAAAAUUGAAAAAGGUUAGACAAAAUCAAUGUUUCCCGUGGGUUUCUUUUUUUUUUUUGUUAAAAUAACAUUUGUUUGAUAAUGUUUUAAAAUUGUUAUUUUAGGGGUUUGAUGUCGAUUUUGUUUGAAAACUAUUGAACUUUGGAUAUCGACCUGCAAAUGUCGAUUUCGUGGGAGGAUUUGUUGAGUUGUGAGUGUUCUGAAUGUUGAAGUUUUGUGAGAUUAUGUAAGAGAAGGAUAAAUGUUUUUUUAGAUUUUGGAAAAUGGAGAAGAUGAUAAUUUGGUGUAAUUGUUAAAUUUUUAUGGUAUUGUAUCAAAAUCAAACCAGUCUGUGUGUUUACAAUUGAUUUCAAUUUCGUCCCUAAGUUAUUUUUUAAACAAUAAAUUCUGUUUAAAAAUUGAUUGGACUAAAAUACCCCUAAAUUAUACAUUUAAAUUUUAUUAAAAAUAAAACUAUACUCCAAUUUUUUAAGUCCCAAACUUUUUAGUUUCACAGAAAAAUAAUUUUACUAUCACUAUUAAUAUAAUCGAGAAGAAUUUACUAAUUAAACCAAAAUAAUUUUCUUAAAAUUCUAAUUAAAUUAGUUACGCUCCGCCGGCGCUCGCCCACUCCGCUCCGCCGCCGUCAACACCAUAACUCUCCACCGCCGUCAACAGACGACAGAUAAAUUAUGUGGUUUUAACUACUAUAAAUAUGGAGAUUGAUCUGCAGACUGCUGUUGGCAUUGCUGGAAUCAUUGUGGGGGCAUUUUCUUACUUCAGACCAGUGAUUGUUUUCAUGAAGACUGUGCAGAGACAGUGGACGACGGGGGAUUUAUCUGCAACCCCCUGCUUACUGACAUAUGUCAAGUGUACAUUUUUUAUGUGGUACGCUUUGCCGGAUGUCUCACGCGGCAAUCAUCUUUUGUUCAUAUGCAAUUUCGUUGGUUUUCUCUUUGCAAGCAUAUACAUCGUGACGUUUCUUUGGCUUUCACCAAGGGUGGUGGUGUUAAAGAAUGUUGGAGCAAUUUUUGUUGCAAUUGCUAUUUCCACCGCCCAUUUGGUUCUUCCUCGAGCAUGGCUUCAUGGCUACGAGAGGCAGCUGCUAUGUGGUCUUGUGGCCGCUGGUUUCUCCAUCUGUACGUGUUGGCCGUCAGUUAAAAUCAUAGACUCGGUGAUGAAAACGAAAAAUGUGGAGUUCAUGUCCUUCUCCGCUUCGAUCUCUAUGUUUUUGAAUGGUUCGUUGUGGUUUGUCUUCGGCUUACAUGGAUUGGACCCUUUUGUUAUGGUAAGUAUAAAUACGGCAACUUUAUGGUUUUCGACAUUGUUUCUUAUUUUGGUUUUUAAUGUAACUUACUCAAUAUACUUACUACUUCCAGCUUCCGAAUGGAUUCACCAGUGUAUUGGGAGCGCUACAAGUGAUAUUGUACCUCGUGUAUCGAAAUAACAAAAGUGAAGCCGAGAGAAAGAAGAAAAUUAAAUACAACUCGAAUGACACUAUCAUGAAGAAAAACUCGAAGUGAAUUGAUCAUGUUGCAUGCCCGGGCAUUCGAGUUAUUUAUCUUCUUUUUUUUUUUCUUUUUUUUUUUUUUCUCUGUCUUUAUCAAUUUAUCUCUUAAAUAUUGAAAUCAAUUUCUAGUGUAUCUUAGCAAAUUUCUUUCAUUUAUUUUAACAAAAUGCAUAUGUAAAUUCUAUCAUCUGUCUUAACAAAUUCUUAUGUGCAUUCUUGUAGAGGUUCCAACCCAAAUAUUUUUACUUUUUUUUUUUUCAUGAAACUUCUUUUAAGAGAUGUAGAAUAAUUUAUGUGGAAUAUUUUCGUAUUUUAUUAAUGAAGUUAAUUACGGUAAAAUAAUUAUCUUUAUAUAUAAAAGAAA